AUGGGGAAACUAAUAAUCACGGAGCUAGCCCUGGUACUUCUCAUCUCUAUUGGACUCGCAAAUCGUCUGCAAGUUGACCUUGAUAUUCAUCUUGGUGAUGGUGAUACUGUGGGAAUUGACGAGAAUUCGGGAGCCACUUCCAUCCCCGAAGUGGCAGACCUUCCGACUGUGAACCUGCACUAUGAGCGCCACAAGGCAUCGCCUCCCAUCAGGUACGGUCAAAACUUUUACAAUUUUAGCAACAUCCCGUACGCUCAACAGCCAGUCAAAAAGCUUCGCUUCAAAAAAGCUGAACCACUCGAAGGGGUUGAUGGCGAACUUCCAGAGAACGACGGCCAGAACACAGUUGUGUGUCCUCAGGAACAAGUCGGUUGGCUCCCAUUCGCACAGGAAUUUUUAGCAGACUACUUGGAAAGGAACAACGAGCUUGCCGAGAAAUGGAGCCAUCCGAUCACUGCAGAGAAUAAUUACACUUGGUCCGACGAGCUUCCUCCAGUUCCGAACAUGAGCGAAAGCUGUCUGACUCUUGAUGUGAUGGUUCCGAAACGAGUCUACAAUAAACUUGAAAGCGGCGAUGACAUCCAACCCGACAAUGAGUCGGACUUUAUUUUUGUCUCGGUCAAUUACCGACUCGGCGCCUUUGGCUUCUUAGCGGGCAAGAGCUUCGAAGACGCAGGCGGCUUUGAGAAUGCCGGUUUUUCUGAUCAAGUUGUUGCUCUGGACUGGGUCCAAAAGAAUAUUGGCCGUUUUGGCGGUGAUCCUGGAGAGGUCACUGUAAUGGGACAGUCUGCUGGUGCGAGUUCUAUCUUGCACCACCUCGUUUCAUAUGGUGGGGACGAGAGUCCGCCUGGCUCUUCCAGCCCAGCCUUCAAGCGGGCUAUCCUACAGAGUCCCCCAUUCUUCCCGAAUGUGAAGCGCUCUCAGAUGGAAGACACUUACCAAAGCUUCCUCAGGGAAGCAAAUGUGAAAGACUUUCAAGAACUUCAAAACGCGAGAUCGGAAGACUUGAUCCGAGCCAACAGGAAAACUACGUUUGAGUCCCCAUACGGCCGGUUCAACUAUGGAGCUGUGAAAGAUGACAGCUUUGUGGCGGCGCCCCCUGCCUUGCUCCUGAAAUAUGGUCAUUUUUGGUCUGCAAAGGAUGUUAUGGUCUCAUAUAACCGUGCCGAAGGGUUGCUCUUUACGCCGCCUUGGCUUCAGACCCAAGAUACGCUCCGGAAACAUGUCCGAGAAGCAUAUCCAGGGUUCCCUACACCGGAACUUGAUUACGCUAUGGAGCUUUAUCCUAUUGACAAAGAGGCAGCAGCGAAGCAACAGGUUGGGAACGCUUCAUGGCUGAUAGGCGACCUUGGCGUUGACUGUAAUGCAUAUGCCGUUCGAAAUGCAUAUCCUGGUGCUUUUGAAUACCACUUCAACCUGUGGCCAGGUCUCCAUGGCCGAGAUACCAACUAUACUUUUGGCCCCCAAGACAAGCUCAAUGUGAACCAAGCUCAAGGAGCACGAAUGCGCCGCUACAUCACAUCCUUCGUCAAACAUGGAGAUCCGUCCGUAGCGAUAUUGAAGGCCGAUCCGAGCUUUCAUCCCUGGCGUAAUGAAAAACAAGCCAUGACGUUCGGCGAAGGAAAACCACUCUUCCUCCUCGACGACUUUUACGGCAUGCGAUCAGAUACCCUCAACGCCACGAGAUGCGACUUCUGGGGUUAUGCUCCGUACUGGGCAGGCCCGGAUGAUGUGUACAGGAAAGGCAUCGUCCAGCAACAGGACGGGGAAUGGCAUCAAGGAUUGUGA